AAAUGAUUUGAUGUAGAAAAUCAAUAUUCUCCUUACUUAUGUAUGUGGAAGCUUAUCUUGAGGUCAUAUAACAGCAAGGAGUUCAGUAGGGCUAAAGCAUCCUUGCACAUGGAAAGGUGGAGAUAAGGCUUUUUAGGUGUCUUAACAAGGAAUUCAGAUUUUUAUUCUCUAGGAGAUGGAGAACCGUUGGUGGCUUUUGAUCAAUGAUGAGACAUGGUCAUUUGCAGGGAAACAUCAUUCUUGGAGCUCUGUGGAAAUGGCUUUGAUCAUGCCAGUCUUAUUUCUGAAGAAGGACACCCUCAAUCACACGUUGGAGUUUUGGGAAAGUUGGUCACAGGUUCCUCUUGCAAAGCUUUUCCAUCCAAACCUAAAAAUUCAAGUUACUCCAAUGAGAAUCUAGACCAUCCCCUAGGUCAUGUUACAUAAUAAACCAGGUUGGACUCUAAAAACUGAGAUGUCUUAUUUUUAUUGUUGAUAAAAAUAACAAGAUUAUGACUGCUUUCUGAAAAUUCUAGGCAAUUCCACAGCCUUUUAUUGUUUUAGUUUCGAGCACAUUUAUAUUAACAUUUCUUUUUUUUACAAUCGUUCAUUUGAAGGGGUGCCAUUUAAUUUGUUUUAUCUUUUGCAUCUUGUAAUGUAAUGGAGAACUGUCUCUAUUUCACAGAGCUUUUUCAUUGCAUCUUUAUGGCACUUCUUCUGUGGGUGGGUAUUGCUAUCCUGACUUUAAAAUGAAAGAAGCUGAUGCCCAGGUUAAGCAAUUUGGCCUUCAUUGCAGAAACAGCAGAGCUAGAAUUUGAGGCCAGGUGUCUCUAACUUCAAAGUCCUUUCUUUCCAAUAUGUCACCCUUCCCCUUUGGUGGAAUUUCUCUCUCGCAAUCCCAUUUUCCUUCUGUACACCCCUUCUCUGAACGUGUUCUUCAUGUGGUCUGAAGGCGUUGGGCGAAUUAACAAUCUGUGUAUGUCUGGGUUGGAGUUACGCAGCCUAUUUAAUUGUUUAGGCCGUGUAGCCCCCUUUCCCUCCAUCCUAACAGGAUAACAGGAGCCAGAGGAGCUCUGCUUUCCAACAUCUUACAUCACCCUGCAGACAAUUGGCAGCCAGGAGAGGGGCAGCUGCUGCACUCUUCAGAUAAUCUCUCUAUUUAAAGUUCAAAGCGACGCUGGAAAACAAUAACAAAGAGGUAAGCCUGGCUCUGACCAACCCACCCAACAACAGGAAGAAUGGCUGAAAAAGCAGAAUCUACAUCAUCACAACUUCUGGUUCCUGUUCUUCUCUUGAUUGGAUGGAUUGUGGGCUGCAUCAUAAUGGUGUAUGUUGUCUUCUUUUAGAAAGGCGAGAAGACUUCAGAUUGGCAUCAUUUAGAAGAAUUAAUAAAACCAUAAACAUGACAAAUUAUUAAAUGUUUCUCAUGUAGAUAACUGCAAUGCUUGACAUCACGGUAUAAACCUGGGUUUGCAAACAGGUACUUUGGGGUACAUAAGAAUCUUUUCAGGAACUUGUUUAGUUUUGGGUAUAAAUAAGAACUUUAAGAAAAUAUGGAUGAAUUUUUCCAUAACCUGGGAAUAGGAAAAAUGUUCCUAACCAUGACUAAAACUACAAAAGCAAUAAGAACGAGUUUGGUAGAUUCAAUUACAAUAAAAUUUUUUGGCCAGCCCAAAUGAGCUAGAGAUAAUAAGAAAAGAUAGACUGUGGAAGACAAAAUGUAAAUGUAAACUUGUCCCUUAACCACUUGCUCAGCAUAAGGGAGCCGUAAUUAAACCUAUACUGCAGAACCGUUGCUCACCUACUGGAUGGGAGAAAAGGGAAGGUAUUUGACAAUGCACGUGUUGGUUAAGCUGUGGAGAAAGAAACUCUCUUAUACUGUCUUUAGGAAUUCCAUAUAGUCCAACAUUUCAAGGAGUGUUUGGUACUUAGUAUCUACCAAAAUUCCAUAUGUAUUUAACUGUUGACCUAACUAUCUUUCUUCUAAGAAUAUUGUAAUUUCCAUAGAGACUCUGGUAAAAAUACAAGAUGGCAUAGAUACAAUUCGAUUCACUGUGGCAUAAUUUGUUGCCGCAAAAAUCUAGACAUAAGCCAAAUGUCCCUUAGCAGAGGUCUGACUGAAAAAACUAUGGUCUAUCUACAAAAAGUGGUACUUAACGCAGCUGUGGAAAAAAAUAAAGCAGGUCUCUGUACAUCGAUGUGAUGUCAUGUCCAGGUCAAAGUGUUAAGUAAAAACAAACAAACAAACAAACAGGUACAGAACAACAUAUGCUGUCUUUUGUGUCAGAAAAGAAGAGGCUAUACCAAUAUGCACACAAUAUUAAUGCUCAUUAAUAUUAAAGCAUUGAAACAAAGAAACCACAAUAGAGGUUAUCUCUGAAUGCACCUUAUUUUACAGUUUUGAUU